CAGGUCCACGACAUCCGGCUGCGCUUCGAGCUGCCUCCAGCUGCCUCCUCCUCCUCCUCCUCCUCCUCCUCCUCCUGCCUCCGCUUACGACUGCUCCUCUCCACGACAUCUCCAACAUCCCACAUCGAAUCCACACUCUCUAAAGCCCGCGGCGCAUCUGAAUUACCCCAUCGGGUAACCCGGGAUGGAGACGCCGGCACGGACUACCGACGCCCGGCGGCUCCCAUAUCCUCCUCCACAAGAGGCAUGUCGAAGCGCAUCUCCUAUCACGAUCCUAUCGCGAUGAUCUUGUCGACUACUUCAUAAAGCAGACCUUCUCACAGAGCCAGACCAACAGCGAGCAGGCAAAUUCAAGCAAACACAAUGGCCCCCAUCGCUAUCGACAGCCAGCUCUCGCAAUCCCCCGUCAAGGUGACGCCCGACGUCCACCGCUUCAACAAGGAGGACGGCCAGACCAUCGACCUCGUCCUCCGCCAGUUUCGCUGCGUCAUCGCCGACCUCUGCCAGCAGUUCAAUGGAGGCCAUCCGGGCUCAGCCAUGGGCAUGGCCGCCAUUGGCGUCGCCCUCUGGAAGUACACCAUGAAGUACGCCCCCGGCAACCCGUCCUUCUUCAACCGCGAUCGCUUCGUCCUCUCCAACGGCCAUACGUGCCUCUUCCAAUACACCUUUCUCCACCUCACCGGCUACCGCGCCAUGACUAUGGACCAACUCAAGUCGUAUCACUCGGCGCGGUACGACUCGCUCUGUCCGGGUCACCCGGAGAUUGAGCAUGAGGGCAUCGAAGUGACCACGGGUCCACUGGGUCAGGGUAUCGCCAACGCUGUCGGUCUCGCCAUGGCCACCAGACACCUGGCUGCCACAUACAACAGACCCGGGUACGACCUCGUCAACAACACGACGUGGUGCAUGAUUGGCGACGCCUGUCUGCAGGAGGGCGUCGCGCUCGAGGCCAUCCAGCUCGCGGGCCACUGGCGCCUGGGCAAUCUCGUCGUCAUCUACGACAACAACCAGAUCACCUGCGACGGCAGCGUCGACAUGUGCUGCUCAGAGGACGUCAACACCAAGAUGGAGGCCUGUGGUUGGCGCGUCAUCGACGUCCAUGACGGCUGCCAAGAUGUCGAGGGUCUCGUCAAGGCCCUACUCCAGGCCAAGGCCACCACCGACAAGCCCACCUUUGUCAACGUCCGGACCGUCAUCGGCGUCGGCAGCAAGGUCGCCGGUGAUGCCAAGGCCCACGGCGCCGCGUACGGUGUUGAGGACGUUCGGAGCAUCAAGCAGGUCUUUGGCAUGGACCCGGACGAGCACUUUGUCCUCACAGACGAGGUCUACGGCUUCUUCGCCGACUGCAAGACUAGAGGCCAGCAGCUCGAGGCGGACUGGCAGUCUCUACUCGAUGGCUACGCCAAAGAGUACCCUGAUCUACACGCCGAGUUCACUAAGCGUGUCAACGGUCAUUUCACCCAGGACUGGCGCAGCAUCAUCCCGGCUAAGGAAGACCUCCCCACGACACCCACCGCUUCGAGAAAAUCCGCCGGUCUCGUGUGCAACCCCCUGGCCGAGAAGCUAAACACACUCAUGGUCGGCACAGCUGACCUCUCGCCGUCCGUCCACAUGGCGUGGAAGGACAAGGUCGACUUCCAGCACCCUGAUCUACGCACUUCGUCGGGUCCCAACGGCGACUACACCGGCCGCUACAUCCACUGGGGUAUCCGGGAGCACGCCAUGGCGAGCAUCUCCAACGGCCUGGCCGCGUUUGGGAAAGGCACCAUCCUGCCCGUGACGUCCAGCUUCUUCAUGUUCUACCUCUACGCCGCGCCUGGCAUCCGCAUGGGCGCCCUCCAGCACCUCCAGCAGAUCCACAUUGCGACGCACGACUCGAUCGGCACAGGCGAGGACGGCCCGACCCAUCAGCCCAUUGAACUUGCCGCCCUCUAUCGCGCCAUGCCUAACCUACUCUACAUCCGUCCCUGCGACUCGGAAGAGACGGCGGGUGCCUUCAUCGCCGCCCUCGAGGCCACAGGCACACCCAGCAUCCUCUCCCUCUCCCGGCAGGCUCUCGAGCAGUACCCGCAGCACUCGCGUCGUGACGGCGUCACAAGGGGCGCCUACGUCUUCGUCGAUGAGAGCGAGCCAGACGUCACACUCCUCGGCGUCGGUGCCGAGAUGUGCUUUGCCGUACAGACGCGCGACGAGCUCGCCAGACGCUUCGGUAUCAGGGCCAGGAUCGUCUCGUUCCCCUGCCAGCGCCUCUUCCAGCAGCAGACGCCCGCCUACCGUCGCCAGGUCCUCGGGUCCGCGCCCAGGGUGGUCAUCGAAGCAUACGCCGUCCAAGGCUGGGAGCGCUACGCGGACGCAGGAUACGCCAUGGCCUCCUUUGGCAAGUCGCUGCCGGGCAAGGACGCGUACAGCUUCUUUGGGUUCGAGGCGACGCGGAUCGCGGAUGGGGUGCAGACAUGGCUGCAGCAGGUUUGGGGGCUGGGUGCAGAGGAGGGACUGCGAGGCGAGUUUACGGACCUCAACGACGUUCCGGAGGGUCACCGCUGAGCGAGCACGAUAUACUUCUUAAUGAUAAU